GAUCACCGUAGAAGAAGAAUAAAGCUAACAGUUGGCUAGCCAAUGCACAGCGAUGGGUCUGUGUGAAUUUUGCUGAUUUUCCUUGGUGGUUGGCUCGUCAGGCCAUCUUUCAACAUGCAAGGAUUUUACUCCAAGCUCGACUCCUCUUCGUCCUCCUCCCCCUUGCUGGGGGUGGGCCUUGGGGGAGAAGGCGCACGCGUACCCCUCAGCCUGGCUGUGGAAGCGGAGAAAGCUCAGGCCCUCCUGCAGACGUUCAGCUCGGCCUCAUUGUUGGCGUCGGCAGGACUCGGGAUGUUCUGCGUGGUGGCGGACCACACCCUCCAGUUGUCCGCCAUCCAGCAGCACCUGUGGCUGCGCACGGCCUUGGACAAUGCCACGCAUGGAUUGAUAGGGCUGUGGUCGUGGGCGGUUGUGAUUGGACUAAGGAAAAGAAGUGAUUUAUACGAGGUGCUGCUGGCAGGGCUUCUGGCAUCAAUCAUAGACCUGGACCACUUCUACAUGGCUGGAUCUCUUUCCCUCAAGGCUGCUGUCUCACUGCCUCAUCGUCCUCCUCUCCACUGUUCUUCUCUCAUCCCCGUCAUCUGCCUCACUCUUCGCUUCCUCAUGUGGAUCGGCCGCCUCAAAGAUUCUUGGUGCUCCCUGCCGUGGAUGCUUUUCAUUUCCAUGACCACGCAUCACGUCCGGGACGCCGUGCGCCACGGUCUGUGGGUUUGCCCAUUCGGUAACACCGCGCCCGUCCCCUACUGGCUGUACGUGAGCAUCACAGCGACGCUACCACACCUUUGCUCGGUUCUUAUGUACCUGACGGGAACCAGGGAUGUGAUCUCCACGAAACACGGAGUAGCGAUCGACGUUUAGGCGUCGGCGACGUUCGAUGAGAGGUUUAAAACCUUUAAAUACUUGAAACGAGAAGAGAAAAAUGUGUAGAACACAAUUUGUAUGAAGAAAAAAAAAACACGAACUUGAGGAAAACGUUAACUGUAUGAUGCUUUUUAACAAUGAGAAUAUCUGUCAAGUAAAAGAACAAAUGAGGUAAUUGAUCCCUAACUGAAGAGUACUUUAUAGCUGUGAUUUUGUUUUUCUUCCCACCACACUACUUUUAAACAAUUCUGUAGAGAAGAUUUAGAUUUUCCUUUUCCUAUCUAGCCUCAUCCUACAAACACUCAAGGAAAAGUCAACCAAAGGUCGACCACAGGCUGUAAAACGACACCCACUGGGUGUCACCUUGUCCUUCACUGCAUCCAGCAGCUGCAGCACUGUCAUCCUUUUGGUUGAAACGGCUUAAUGGUAAUAAAAUCCA